AUGGGUUUAAAAUUUUUUUUCAUUUUUUUCAUCUUAAAUUUUGCUACGAUUAAGAGCUUUCCUGGGAUUAAUGAGAAAGAAAUUCUAAUCAAUAAUUCACCUAGGAUUAAUGAGAGAGAAAUUAUACCCAAUAAUUUAAAUAAUUCUGGAGAAUGCUUUAUUUCAAGAGAUGUCCCAUCAAAUAUUCCUUUAGGCUGUUAUGCUUUUAAUAAUAGCACAAUCGGCGGUUUAAAUGGUCUUUCGAAUUUAGGUUUUUCUAAUGUUUAUGAAUCCCCCAAUAACAUCAUGGAUCCAGCACUAUGCAUCAUAAGAUGCACUGACUACAUCUUUGAUAUUGCUGCCCUCAAAGACGGUAGUCAGUGUCAAUGUGGCAGCGCUAGCGAUUUUGCAGCAUCCUAUAUUAAAGUAGGUGGUUCGAAUUGUAAUAUCACUUGUGCUGGUAAUUCAAGUUAUUUCUGCGGUGGUGCAGAAAGCUAUACAAUUUAUGACACAAAAGGCGGAGUUCCAGGUCAUCCACAACCUACCAUAAGUGCUACUGAUAAAAGUUCAAUAAUCAAGAAUCUCAAUAAUGACAAUAGAUAUCAACAGUGUAUCAAAGACAGCCCCUAUUGCGGCCAAAGGAUAUUAAAUGGUACAUCAGAAGAACUUGCAGGAAUGACAGUAGACAAAUGUAUUGACUUUUGUAGUCAAAACAAAUUUGCAUAUGCAGGAUUAGAAAUAGGAACUCAAUGUUUCUGUGCGAACAAUUACGAUCAUAUAAAUCAAAUAAGUUCAGAUCAAUGUAGUACUAGUUGUGCGGGCAACAACCAGCAAAUUUGUGGGGGCCCUUUAGCUAUUAGCGUAUAUAGUGUUCCCACAGGGAACAAACCUCCAUUACAGAUUAUUCUUCCUUGUGUUAUUGGCGGUGUUGUUAUUUUAUCAAUAAUUGUUUUGAUUAUUAUUUUUAGAAAUCGACUCAGAGCCUGUUGCUGUCGACCUCCAAAAUCAUCAACACCACCACCAAAUGAAGGAAUGCCACUACCAGAAGACUAG